GUGCAGCUGCAAAGCAGGCGGACGCACAGCCUGGGCGGACUUGGGGGGAUCUUGACCUCCAAGAAGAGCUGAGGGGAGCAAAAGGAAGAGAAGGGGGCUGUGGAGUGUGAGGGAGAGCGAAGGGGGGGGUCAACCUGUGUGGCUAGCGGAGAGCAGUGCAGGCACAGAAAGAAAGAGAGAGAGAAGGGGGCUUCCAAGACCGAAGGCAACAUGACGACGACGACGACAACGCACCAGAUGGAGACCCACAUCCACUACAAUCACUCCUCGUACAUGACGACUGAAGACUACAUGGCACAAGAGGAAGACUGGGACCGUGACCUGCUCCUCGACCCGGCCUGGGAGAAGCAACAGCGAAAGACAUUCACAGCCUGGUGCAACUCUCACUUGCGGAAGGCAGGCACGCAGAUUGAGAACAUUGAGGAGGAUUUCCGGAAUGGCCUUAAGCUCAUGCUCUUGCUGGAGGUGAUUUCAGGUGAACGGUUGCCAAAGCCGGAUAAAGGGAAGAUGCGCUUCCACAAGAUCGCCAAUGUCAACAAGGCGCUAGACUUCAUCGCCAGCAAGGGGGUCAAGCUGGUCUCCAUCGGGGCUGAGGAAAUCGUGGAUGGGAACCUGAAGAUGACUCUGGGUAUGAUCUGGACAAUCAUCCUUCGAUUUGCCAUCCAGGACAUCUCGGUGGAAGAAACCUCAGCUAAGGAGGGGCUGCUGCUCUGGUGCCAGAGGAAGACUGCUCCCUACCGGAAUGUCAACGUGCAGAACUUCCAUAUUAGCUGGAAGGAUGGCCUGGCCCUCUGCGCCCUGAUCCACCGGCACCGCCCUGACCUCAUUGACUACGCCAAGCUCAGAAAGGAUGACCCCAUUGGGAACCUCAACACGGCCUUUGAGGUGGCCGAGAAGUACCUGGAUAUCCCCAAGAUGCUGGAUGCAGAAGAUAUUGUCAACACCCCCAAACCGGACGAGAAAGCCAUCAUGACGUACGUCUCCUGUUUCUAUCAUGCCUUUGCUGGUGCAGAGCAGGCUGAGACAGCUGCCAACAGAAUCUGCAAGGUGCUUGCCGUCAAUCAGGAGAAUGAAAAGCUGAUGCAGGAGUAUGAGAAGCUGGCCAGUGAGCUCCUGGAAUGGAUUCGCCGCACCAUCCCCUGGCUGGAGAACCGGGUGCCAGAGAAGAGCAUGAGUGCCAUGCAGCGCAAGCUGGAGGACUUCCGGGACUAUAGGCGUGUGCACAAGCCUCCCCGCAUCCAGGAGAAAUGCCAGCUAGAGAUCAACUUCAACACCCUGCAGACAAAGCUGCGCCUCAGCAACCGGCCGGCCUUCAUGCCCUCCGAGGGCAAGAUGGUCUCCGAUAUCGCCAACGCCUGGAAGGGGCUAGAACAGGUGGAGAAAGGCUAUGAAGAAUGGCUGCUGACCGAGAUCCGGCGCCUGGAGCGCCUGGACCACCUGGCUGAGAAGUUCAAGCAGAAAGCAACCAUGCACGAGAACUGGACCAGAGGAAAGGAAGAAAUGCUCCUACAGAAGGAGUACGAGUCAUCGACCCUUUAUGAGGUCCGGGCGCUAAUGCGCAAACACGAGGCCUUUGAGAGCGACUUGGCCGCUCACCAGGACCGUGUGGAGCAGAUUGCAGCCAUCGCACAGGAGCUCAAUGAGUUGGACUACCAUGAUGCAGCCUCUGUGAAUUCCCGCUGCCAGGCCAUCUGUGACCAGUGGGACACCCUGGGGACACUCACUCAGAAGAGAAGAGAUGCUCUGGAGCGUGUGGAGAAGUUGCUGGAGACCAUUGACCAGCUGUACCUUGAGUUUGCCAAGAGAGCUGCUCCCUUCAACAACUGGAUGGAUGGAGCCAUUGAGGACCUUCAGGACAUGUUCAUUGUGCACAGCAUCGAAGAGAUCCAGAGCCUGAUCACAGCCCACGAGCAGUUCAAAGCCACGCUGCCUGAGGCAGACAAGGAGCGCAUGGCCAUCCUGGGCAUUCAGAACGAGAUCCAGAAGAUUGCGCAGACCUACGGCAUCAAGCUGUCGGGCGUGAACCCCUACACCAACCUCUCACACCAUGACAUCGCCCACAAGUGGGACAAGGUGAAGCAGCUGGUCCCACACCGUGAUCAAACCCUGCAAGAAGAGCUGGCGCGUCAGCAAGCUAAUGAGCGCCUGAGACGCCAGUUUGCCGCCCAGGCAAACAUCAUUGGUCCCUGGAUCCAGACAAAGAUGGAGGAGAUCGGCCAUAUCUCUGUGGACAUCAGCGGCUCCCUUGAGGACCAGAUGAACCACCUGAAGCAGAAUGAGCAGAACAUCAUCAACUACAAGAUGAACAUCGACAAGCUGGAGGGCGACCACCAGCUCAUCCAAGAGGCCCUCGUCUUUGACAACAAGCACACCAGCUACACCAUGGAGCACAUCCGGGUGGGCUGGGAGCAGCUGCUGACCACCAUCGCCCGCACAAUCAACGAAGUGGAGAACCAGAUCCUGACCCGCGACGCAAAGGGAAUCAGCCAGGAACAGAUGAAUGAGUUCCGGGCCUCCUUCAACCAUUUCGACCGGAAGAGAAAUGGCAUGAUGGAUCCAGACGACUUCCGUGCCUGCCUGAUCUCCAUGGGAUAUGACCUGGGUGAGGUGGAGUUUGCGCGCAUCAUGACCCUGGUGGACCCCAACAACACAGGCGUAGUCACCUUCCAGGCCUUCAUUGACUUCAUGACCCGCGAGACGGCCGAGACAGACACUGCUGAACAAGUCGUGGCCUCCUUCAAGAUCCUGGCUUCAGACAAGAACUACAUCACGAUAGAAGAGCUGCGUCGGGAGCUGCCACAGGAGCAGGCCGAAUACUGCAUCAAGAGGAUGGUGAAAUACACGGGAACCGAUGCUGUUGCAGGCGCUUUGGACUAUGUCUCCUUCUCCAGCGCCCUGUACGGAGAGAGUGACCUGUGAUUUCCUUUCCCCCACCCCACCCGACCUGAAAAAGCAGCGUGUGGGAGAAUUCAUACCCACACCCACACAUGGGGACCCGAUGCCAAAUCAAGAGCCUUGUGCCCACCAUGGAGGAGUGGCGCCCCCCGACUAUCUCCCCCAUUGCUGGGCAGGAGGCUGCUAGAUCCCCCCACUUCCACCCACACGCUGGGUCCAGGGUGGCCUUGGUUAGGAAACUCUCUCAGAUUCCCCCCCCCGCCCUUCGCAGAAGCUGUUGUGCCUGUUCUUUGCUGCUGAGCUAGUUGCACAUUCCUUCCCCUGUGCCCCCCCCCAGCCUAUGGCUACCUUCCCUCUACCCCACAACCCUCUCCUUUUUCCCCCUGGCUGCCCCAGGACCCCACCCAGCGGGAGAGGCAGCCCUUGCUCACUCGCUCACCAACCAUCACUGACCUAGAGACAAAAGGCCACUGUGUGACCAGGAGGCUCUUUGCAAUGUGCAUCUCCCCAAAUUGAUGCUGGUGGUGGGGAACAAAGGAGGAGGGCACCAGAGGGAGCUGGCUUGGAAGGAAUGCUGUACCAAUAAAACCACACACACUGGAGGCCCA